AUGGGGAGGCUAUUUCUGAUUCAUUUGGAAGGGAACAAGUAUUGUUGCAAGCACUGCCGCUCGCAUCUUGCUCUGGUCGAUGACAUUGUUUCCAAGUCCUUCCAAUCCAGGCAUGGGAAGGCUUAUCUCUUUGACAAAGUUGUGAAUGUUACUGUUGGGGCUAAAGAAGAGCGGAUGAUGAUGACUGGACUGCACACUGUGGUUGACAUAUUCUGUGUGAGGUGUGGCUCGAUUGUGGGAUGGAAAUAUGAAGCUGCUUAUGAGAAGACCCAAAAAUACAAAGUUGGAAAGUUUAUCUUAGAAAGGUUUCAAGUGUUGGGUCCAGAUGGAAGCAACUAUUCAAUGAGUCCAGAGAGCCAAAUGACUGGAAGUGAUAGUGAUGAUGACAUGGGUCCUUGA